AGCGCAGCGCCCAGCGCAGCGCAGCUCCCCGCCGCUGUCGAGCCGCGGACGCAGGACCAGAGGCUCGCUCCUGCGGGCGCGCUUGUUUUCCUUGUGCCGCCUCGCUCUGCGCAGCACCCGCCCGCCCGAACGCCGCGUUCCGCUCCGCCCCGCCCGCCAUCCGUGCCCUGCGCUGGAUUUAUGAAUGGGGGGAAGAGGCCACAUGCCGCCGCCGCCGCCUUGUGUUGACCGCACGCAGCCCGGGCCCGCGGAGCUCCGGCUGCCGUGAGAGCGCCGGCCCAGCCCCGGCAGCCGCUUGGAGGACUUGUUGCUGCUGCGUUGCUUCUGCUGCCGCCGCCGCAGCUCCCGGGUCUCGGCGCGGACCGGGAGCCAGAGGGUGGCCCGUGUGAGUGUGAGCGCGCGCAGUGCGCCUGGACAGUGCGCUUCCCCGUCUGUUGGGGGGUGCAGGGGGGCGUGUCCCGGGCCCCGAGCGUCUGGGUGUCCAGUGCUAGCGGGGGAAGUGUGUGUGUGCUAGCCCUGACUCCCGGGCGCCUCGCUUGGGUCCUCGGCUCUCCUUUUUCCCUCCUGCCUCCCUCCCCGGCGCUGCCAGCCCAAACCCCAACCACCUGUGCCCGCGAGAAAUCCAACUCCUCCCGCUCCGCGCCUUGGGGGGGAGGCAGGGGCAGGGCCACGCCGCAGAGGGGGCCGCCUCGGCCUCCUGCCUCCUCCUGGUCUCCUCCCCCACCCCCGUCUGACGCUGCCUCCUCUGGAAGGGUGUUUGGAGGGCAGCGGCCGCCCCAAGCCGAAGCCCCGCAGCGCUUCUUAUGAUCAGCUCGGUGUGUGUCUCCUCCUACCGCGGGCGCAAGUCGGGGAACAAGCCUCCGUCCAAAACAUGUCUGAAGGAGGAGAUGGCCAAGGGCGAGGCGUCGGAGAAGAUCAUCAUCAACGUGGGCGGCACGCGACAUGAGACCUACCGCAGCACCCUGCGCACCCUACCGGGCACCCGCCUCGCCUGGCUGGCCGAUCCCGACGGCGGAGGCCGGCCCGCGUCCGAUGGCGGUGGUGCAGGCAGCAGCGGCGGCGGCGGCUGCGAGUUCUUCUUCGACCGGCACCCGGGCGUCUUUGCUUACGUGCUCAACUACUACCGCACGGGCAAGCUGCACUGCCCCGCCGACGUGUGCGGGCCUCUGUUUGAGGAGGAGCUCACCUUCUGGGGCAUCGACGAGACCGACGUAGAGCCCUGCUGCUGGAUGACCUACCGGCAGCACCGCGACGCCGAGGAGGCGCUCGACAUCUUCGAGAGCCCAGACGGAGGCGGCGGGGGCGCGGGGCCCGGCGACGAGGCUGGCGACGAUGAGCGGGAGCUGGCCCUGCAGCGCCUGGGGCCCCACGAGGGAGGUGCGGGCCCCGGCGCCGGGUCCGGGGGCUGCCGCGGCUGGCAGCCCCGCAUGUGGGCGCUCUUCGAGGAUCCCUACUCCUCCCGGGCGGCCAGGGUGGUGGCCUUUGCCUCUCUCUUCUUCAUCCUGGUGUCCAUCACCACCUUCUGCCUGGAGACCCACGAGGCCUUCAACAUCGACCGCAACGUGACGGAGAUCCACAGAGUGGGGAACACCACCAGUGUGCGCUUCCGGCGGGAGGUGGAAACGGAGCCCAUCCUGACCUACAUUGAGGGAGUGUGCGUGCUGUGGUUCACGCUGGAGUUCCUGGUGCGCAUCGUGUGCUGCCCCGACACACUGGACUUCGUUAAGAACCUGCUCAACAUCAUCGACUUCGUGGCCAUCCUGCCCUUCUACCUGGAGGUGGGGCUGAGCGGCCUGUCGUCCAAGGCGGCUCGCGACGUUCUGGGCUUCCUGCGCGUCGUGCGCUUCGUGCGCAUCCUGCGCAUCUUCAAGCUUACGCGCCACUUCGUGGGGCUGCGCGUGCUGGGCCACACCCUGCGCGCCAGCACCAACGAGUUCCUGCUGCUCAUCAUCUUCCUGGCCCUGGGCGUGCUUAUCUUCGCCACCAUGAUCUACUACGCGGAGCGCAUCGGCGCCAGGCCUUCCGACCCGCGGGGCAAUGAUCACACCGACUUCAAGAACAUCCCCAUCGGCUUCUGGUGGGCCGUGGUCACCAUGACGACGCUGGGCUACGGGGACAUGUACCCCAAGACGUGGUCAGGCAUGCUGGUGGGGGCGCUGUGUGCACUGGCCGGCGUGCUCACCAUUGCCAUGCCCGUGCCCGUCAUUGUCAACAACUUCGGCAUGUACUACUCUCUGGCCAUGGCCAAGCAGAAGCUGCCCAAGAAACGGAAGAAGCAUGUACCUCGGCCGCCCCAGCUGGAGUCGCCCAUUUACUGCAAGUCGCAGGAGACCUCGCCCAGGGACAGUACCUACAGUGAUGCCAGCCCCCCUGCCCCAGAAGAGGGUGUGGUUGAGAGGAAACGGGCAGACUCCAAGCAGAACGGUGAUGCCAGCGCGGUGCUGUCAGACGAGGAGGGAGCCGGCCUCACCCAGCCCCUGGCCCCCGCCCGCACCCCGGAGGAGCGCCGGGCCCUGCGACGCUCUGGCACCCGAGACAGAAACAAGAAGGCAGCUGCCUGUUUCCUGCUCAGCGCUGGGGACUUUGCCUGCGCCGAUGGUAGUGUCCGGAAAGAGACCUGCCAAGAUGCCCUCUCGUCCAACUAUGCCCAGGCUGAAGUCCUCACCCUCUCUUAAAGCGGCACCAACGUGAGAGAGACAGGCAGACAGACAGAAAGCCAGAGGCUUAGGGCAACUCUGGAACCCAGGCAAGAAUCUUUCGCUGGGAAAGGCUCAGAUAACCUUGAUUGCACAGGACUGAUGGGAACCCUCCCACGUGACCCUCGGGGCCCAGAGCCAUUGGGUCUGAUGUUCUUGUUCUGUUGUACAUUGAAGAGAUAUAUAUGCACAUAUAGUGUCUAUAUUCAUACAUACUAUACUACUGUGUGUAGUGCAUGUGCUCUUGGUGGUCUGUCUUCUUCGUUAGGCUGUGUCUCCCCAGGCCCUCGCCCCACCCCCACCCUCACUCCCUUCCCCUUCACUGAUUCCUUGUUUCUGCUGAAUAUGUGUGUGUGAAUAUCCCAGGAAAAGUGUACCUGGGAACUGGCAGUCCAGCUGGGUGGUCCCUGGCUAGACUCUCCCUCUUGGGAGUGUUUCCCCUGUGGGCCAGAGGCCUGUGGAAGGCCAGGUGCCCCCUGGGGUCACUGCUCCACUAGCCUCAGCCCAUCCCAGAUUGGGGCUCUACCUCCCACCCCACGCCCCAGUUGUUGGGGGACUUCCCGGGGCUCCUCUGCACCUUCUUCCACUCCUCUCUCCACCUUCCCUGUGUCCUUGACUGAGGGGGUGUUUUGUCUUUUUUUAUUUCUGGUUUUUUGUUCUGUCGCCUUCGUCCGUUUGCUUCCAAAGAUGCUGCUGGGCGGACGGGCAGGGAAGGGGUCUGUCUGCCCAUCUGGCUCAGGGGUCCGAGAAGGGAAUGCUGCGGGCGAGCGGAGACCAGUGGCAAUACAGUCCUUCCUGGCUGGUGGCCAGAGUAUGCGUGCAAUAGCCGAGGCCAGGUCCCCCCUUCGACCUUGGCCUCUGCCCCUGCAUCGGCCCUCCCUCCCCACUCCCAGCCCGCCCUGCCCCUCCCUGGUGUUGGUCGUCCUUUUCUAAAGCUGUCCCCUCGUGUGUCUGAGGCAUGCCUAGGCUGGGCCCUGCCGCCCUGUCUGCAUGCCUUUGACUGUCAUGCUGUGCUCAACCCCAAUAAAGACAUCUGGAGCGUCCUGCCAUGCUCGCUGUGUGAGUGACUGC